GGAGCCUAGAGGGCGGUGGGGGGGGGGGAAGGGCGCUCUCUUUCUCUCGAGGGCCGUUGGUGGCGUGCGUUCCUGGUGGGCGGGGUUGCUCCCGGGGCUAGUGACAGCCAAAGCCGGCCCCGGACGAGCCCCCGGUGCAGCCUUCGGGCUCCGCCCCCCGCUCCGCGCCGUUCCCGCUGUCUGGACAGGUCAGGCUAGGCUCAAGCCCUGAGCCUGAAACUGAAUGGACCAUGAAGGUCAAGGUCAUUUCAGUCUUGGAAGACAACUACAUGUAUUUGGUCAUUGAAGAGAAUACCAGAGAAGCCAUUGCUGUAGAUGCAACAGUUCCCAAAAGGUUGCUGGAAAUUGUCAAGAAGGAGGAAGUGAAGCUGACAACCAUCUUGACCACUCAUCAUCACUGGGAUCAUUCCAGGGGCAAUGAGGAGCUGGUGCAGCUGUGUCCAGGGCUUCAGGUGUACGGUGCUGAUGAGCGUAUUGGUGCCUUGACACACAAGUUGACCCACAACCAGGAGCUCAAGUUUGGAGCCAUCUGUGUGCGGUGCUUGCUCACACCUGGCCACACCUUGGACCACAUGUGUUACUUCAUGUGGGAAGACAACUGUCCAGAUGCUCCAGCUGUGUUCUCAGGCGAUGCCUUGUUCAUCGGUGGUUGUGGUCGACUCCUGGAGGGGACGGCAGAACAAAUGUACCGGAGCCUUAAUGAAACACUGGGGACCCUGCCCAAGGAAACUAAAGUGUUCUGUGGGCAUGAGUACACUGUCAGGAAUCUCAAAUUUGCUUUGAAAGUGGAGCCUGAUAAUGAAACUGUGAAAACAAAGUUGGCUUGGGCCAAAGCUAGAGAUGAUGACGACAUACCCACAGUGCCUUCAACCCUAGGAGAGGAGUUUCACUAUAAUCCCUUCCUGAGAGUAGUAGAGGAAUCUGUCCAGAAAUACACUGGGAAAAAGGAUCCGGUGGAGGUCAUGAAAGUUCUACAUACAGAAAAUGACAACUUCAAAAAACCUGCGGAACCACUGGAUCCUCGUGCUGUCCUUGCACUAGAGUGGGGCCUCUUGGGCUCCUUAGUGCAAAAGAAAUAAAGCCAGUAAAAUCAGUACUUGCGAGUUGGGCCCACCUCACCUGACAUUUGGCAACACUACACCUGCAAAGGACUCCUAGCUUGUUUUAGCUUGUUUUAAAUUAAUGCUUCAGAGAGCUUCUCCUGGGCUUAUUUUGGCCUACUGCUGAUAGGAUUUUGGGGAUGAAUCUUCAAUUUUCUUGGGAGAUGGUUUUUUCCUGUAGUUGGCUAAUCUGUGAUUUUAAUCUGAUUUGGCAUUAUUUCAAAGAGGAAGCUGGAAUCAGAAGACCUGGUUUUGAGGCCUGGGUCCAUCUCCUACAGGCUAUUUGACUUUGGGCAAGUCAUUCUACUUCAGUUUCAUCUGUAAAAUUAGGGGAUUGAAUUAAAUGUUCGCUGAAAUUUCCUCUAGCCCUAAAUUUA